AUGAUUGUCCGUGGCGUGUCGCGGUGCUCUACCAAGCUCAAGCUCCCAUUUGCCCGAACGAACAUUACACGCGCUCAACCGCAAUGCCGACAAUUCGCGACGCCUGCCGCUGGUACCCCAACGGCUUCAGGCUCCGGUAGCGCAGCUGGCAUGCUUGCGCCGUUCGCGAACGAACUCGAUAGGAUUGCACCUUCUUUCAGCAUCAACGGCUCCCAGAUUAAGAUUAUCAGAACGCCGGCCGAUUUCUACGAGACAUUAAAGAUUGGGACCCUACACGAAGCUCUGCGAAACAACCCUGAGCUGAAGCUAAGCAUUCUGACGGACGCCCUACGAGGCACGCGUGAGGAGCCGAAUCCGUCAUGCGCAUCACUUCUCGCACCACUCGUAUCGGAGUUUGGCCCAGAUAGAGUGGAAAUCCGCAUGUACCACACACCAAACCUGACGGGGUUGAGGAAGAAGUACAUACCAAAGCGCAUCAACGAGGGCUGGGGCCUACAACACAUGAAGCUAUAUGGCUUUGAUGACGAAAUUAUUCUCUCUGGGGCGAACCUCUCAUCAGACUACUUCACGAACCGACAAGAUCGUUACCACCUCUUUUCCUCCAAGGAGGUGACCGACUACUUCUGGAACAUCCACCAGGGCGUAUCCUCUUUCAGUUUUCUCGUUGAGCCUUCGCAAGAACCUGCUGGCUUCGCCCUGACCUGGCCUAAGUCUAACCCCGCGCCGUCUCCCCUUAAAGAGCCGAAGCAGUUCAUCGGCACCACGACUCCUGCCCUCAAUGCUCUGAUUUCGCCCACGCAAGCAGCCUCUGCGGAUGUGGGCAAAGACACCAAGGUCUACAUGCUUUCCCAACUCACACAGCUCAUGAGCCCAAACACCUCUACAGAGCUUCCUGCCGUCACUCAUGUACUAUCAACACUUGGGAAGCCCGAGUACGCCGGCUCGUCGUGGACCUUUACCGCAGGUUACUUCAACCCUGCGCCGUCACUGACCAAGCUCCUGCUGUCGACGGCAUCACAAAGCAAUGUCGUCAUCACCGCCUCUCAGCAGGCAAACGGUUUCUACCAAUCCCCAGGCGUGUCUGGACUCUUGCCAGGCGCCUACACUCUUCUCGCGCGCCGUUUCGUCCGCGCCGUCCACGAACGCAAGCUCGACGACUCAAUCGCUCUUAAAGAGUGGCGCAAGGGAACGAUCGGCGAGCCCGGCGGCUGGACAUACCAUGCCAAGGGCCUCUGGAUCACACUGCCGGGAGAACAAAACCCAUCAAUUAGUAUUGUGGGAAGUUCCAACUAUACCAAACGCAGCUAUACCCACGAUCUUGAGGCUGGUGCCAUGAUCCUCACAAAGGACGAAGACCUCAAGAAGCGCCUCGGCGAGGAGCAGACGUGGCUCCAAGAUCACGCAGAGCGAGUAACCCGUGAGGACUUUUCCAAAAAUGAGAGGCGGGUUGGCAUCCAGGUGAGGAUAGCCAUGUGGAUCGCCCAGGCCGUGGGCGGUGCCUUGUAA